AUGUUUAAAGCCAUCGUAAUAUCUUCAGACCGGGAGCGAGCAAAAUAUGCUGUUACCUACAACCCACCACAGGAUGAUACAGUCAUCGUCAAUGAACAAAACGCCCAGAAGAUUGAAGAAGAGUUCGACUGGCGCGCCGAGGCUUUCACAUUCCCUUAUUCGGAUCGUAAACCACUCUUACCCUGUACACUCGACAUGAGAACCGGAUCCGCCUUUUGCCAUUCACAUGAGGCUGAUGACUGCAGAGAAUUUCCCGAACUCGAUGACUGGGGAUACCUCAACGUCCAACUUGUAGUCUGUCUGAUUCUCAAUGGCGAGAUGGAUCCUAUCAUUUGGGCGUGUGCUUAUCCUCGUGUCGGACUCAGGUCGUGGCAUUGCGAUUACAAUUCACUAACUCGUUAUCUCGAUGAGUCAGGCACAUCCCGACAUGAAUGGAACAUGCUUUACGGGAAGGCUUUACACUCCUACAUUGGUCUGAAUGUCGCCUAUUGCCUCCCAGACACCUGGGAACCAAAAGCCAAAACGUCAGGGGGCAAACAUUACCGAGAUACCAACAUUUGCUCCGCAAGUGCACCGCAGAUGAUGGAAGCUCGGAUUUCAUUCUCUGCAUGCAUCGGAAGCUCUUUGGUAUCGACAAGCACAGGAACUACGACGGUGCUUUUCACCCCAGAUCGCUAUGGGGUAUCCCCCUUUGACGAGUUCCUAACCCUGGAAACCCCUGCCCUCACUUUCUUGCCUCAUGAAAUGGAUAUCAGCGAGGUGCGCUGGAUUCUCUCUUACGCGGGGAAGCUUCCCAUGGAGUUGGUGCUUGACAUCAUGGAAUUCGCAGGCUACAGACCACGUCGCAGCCUGGAGGUCUUGCUUGAUCCUCUUCAUCCUACCAACCGCGGAGCUUUGGUUAAAUAUCUCGACCAAUGUUAG